GGGCCGGCGCAGGCGCGAGAGGCGCCCCCGAGCAAAGAUGGCCGCGGUGGUGGUGGCCGCUCGUGUCCUGUCUGAGGCGGCGCUGACGGGCGGGCGGCGGGCGCUGCGGGACGGCGGCGGCUCCUGCUGCCGGCGGUGGAAGCGGGGCGGCGCCUGGGCGCUGCCGGGCCGGACGUGGAGCUCAGGGGCUCCGCCGGGGGUCCCUCCGUCGGCGAGCGCGGCCGGACCGAGGCUGACCGGAGCCGUCCUGAAGGAGGUGGCCCAGCGGCAGCAGCAGCAGCAGCAGUCAACGGGAGAAGAAGAUCGGAAGGGCUUCGAUGAUCAACAAGAGAAGACAAAAAAACAGAACCCUGCCUAUACCAAGAGAUUGUUGCAGAUAAUAGGCCUUCUUGGAGCUGGCAACGGUGUAGCAAUUAUCUACAUCUUUGGCCGUAAUUCAGUGGAUGAAAACGGUGCGAAGAUUCCUGAUGAAUUUGAUGACGAUGUGGUGAUUAUUCAACAGCUGCGAAGGUCGUACAAGUAUUUCAAAGAUUAUAGCCAGAUGAUCAUGGAGCCCACCAGCCCUAAGUUGCUGCCAGAUCCCUUGAAGGAACCGUAUUACCAGCCGCCUUAUACCCUGGUUAUUGAACUCACCGAUGUCCUGCUGCACCCGGAAUGGUCGUUAGUGACCGGCUGGCGCUUUAAAAAGAGGCCGGGCAUCGACAACCUCUUCCAACAGUUGGCUCCGCUCUAUGAAAUCGUCAUCUUCACCUCCGAGACAGGCAUGACAGCUUUUCCCCUCAUUGACAGCGUUGAUCCCCACGGCUUCAUCUCCUACCGGCUCUUCCGAGACGCCACUCGCUACAUGGACGGGCAUCAUGUUAAGGACAUCUCCUGCCUGAACAGGGACCCGGCCAAGGUGGUGGUGGUGGACUGCAAGAAGGAGGCCUUCCACCUGCAGCCCUUCAACGGCCUGGCCCUCAAGAAGUGGGACGGGAACUCCGACGACCGCACCCUCUUCGACCUCUCGGCUUUCCUCAAAACCGUCGCCCUGAGCGGAGUGGAAGACGUUCGCUCCGUGCUGGAAAACUAUUCCCUGGAGGAAGAUCCAUUGGAGGCUUUCAAACGCAGGCAGUCCCAGCUGGAGCAGGAAGAACAGCAGCGUCUCUCUGACCUGACCCAGCACAAGAAGCAGCAGCUCUUCCUGGGCUCCCUGGCCAGCCGGCUGUGGCCUCGCUCCAAGCAGCAGUGACCCCGGCCCCCUCAGGCCUGGCCGGCCCCAUCCACGAAUGGACGUCUCAGCUGUUCCUGCCCCUCGGACCCCAGCCUCUGGGGAGGGGAGGCUGCAGCAGGAGGGGCAGAGGCUUCGGCCCAACCUCGACGCGGAUCAUGGGCUGCAACCUGCCGCCAAUAGCCCUCACAGUCCCCUCCCACCGUGGCAUCAUUUCUUGAGACCAAGACUUUGUGGGGUGAGAGUGAGCCUGUCCUGUGCCCUCGGAAGGGGACCCCUGCAGGAUCAGGCUCCGGGAGGGCGGGGAGCCGAGCCCCCCACCCCCCACCCCGGAACGGAGCCUGACUACCACAGCACGAAAAGGAGGCAAAACUCCAGGCAGGAAAGGAGGAGGAGACGCUCUGUCCAGCGGGCUCUCAUCCCUUGUUAUCAUGUUCCCAUCGGGUGACCGACAGUGCUCUGGGUCAGCCUGCUGGGGUGAACGGAGAGGAAUGUUGGGUGUCUUCAGAUUAAAUGGCCAUCUUUAUAAGA